GCGUCCGGUUUUUCUCAGGGGACGUUCAAAUUAUUUUUGUAACGGGAGUCGAGAGAGGACGGGGCGUGCCCCGACGUGCGCGCGCGCCGCCUUCUCCGCGCUCCUCCAUAGCUCCCUGGCGCCUGCCCUGGGAGCGCGUCAUGCCGCCCAAAACCCCCCGAAGAGCGGCUGCUGCCGCCGCGGCGGCUGUGGAACCCCCGGCGCCGCCGCCGCCGCCUCCUCCUGAGGAGGACCCGGAGCAGGACAGUGGCCCAGAGGACCUGCCUCUGGCCAGGCUUGAGUUUGAAGAAACCGAAGAACCUAAUUUUACUGCCUUAUGUCAGAAAUUAAAGAUACCAGAUCAUGUCAGAGAAAGAGCUUGGUUAACUUGGGAGAAAGUUUCAUCUGUGGAUGGAGUAUUGGAAGGUUAUAUUCAAAAGAAAAAAGAACUGUGGGGAAUCUGUAUCUUUAUUGCAGCAGUUGACCUAGAUGAGAUGCCAUUCACUUUCACUGAGCUGCAGAAAAACAUAGAAACAAGUGUCUAUAAAUUCUUUGACUUACUAAAAGAAAUUGAUACCAGUACGAAAGUUGAUAAUGCUGUGUCAAGACUGUUGAAGAAGUAUGAUGUAUUGUGUGCACUCUACAGUAAAUUAGAAAGGACAUGUGAACGUAUCUAUUUGACACAACCCACCAGUUCGGUAUCUACUGAAGUAAGUUCUGUGUUGGUGCUGAAAGUUUCUUGGAUCACAUUUUUACUAGCUAAAGGAGAAGUAUUACAAAUGGAAGAUGAUCUGGUGAUCUCAUUUCAGUUAAUGCUAUGUGUGCUUGACUAUUUUAUCAAACUCUCACCUCCUGCACUGCUCAAAGAACCAUAUAAAACAGCUAUAAUACCCAUUAAUGGUUCACCUCGGACACCUAGACGAGGUCAGAACAGGAGUGCACGGAUAGCAAAACAACUAGAAAACGAUACAAGAAUUAUUGAAGUUCUCUGUAAAGAACAUGAAUGUAAUAUAGAUGAGGUGAAAAAUGUUUAUUUCAAAAAUUUUAUACCCUUUAUGAAUUCUCUUGGAAUUGUAGCUUCUAAUGGACUUCCAGAGGUUGAAAGUCUUUCUAAGCGAUAUGAGGAAAUUUAUCUUAAAAACAAAGAUCUAGAUGCAAGAUUAUUUUUGGAUCAUGAUAAAACUCUUCAGACUGAUCCUAUAGACAGUUUUGACACACAAAGAACACCACGAAAAAGUAACCCUGAUGAAGAGGUGAAUGUGAUUCCUCCACAUACUCCAGUUCGGACUGUUAUGAAUACUAUCCAACAAUUAAUGAUGAUUUUAAAUUCAGCAAGUGAUCAGCCAUCAGAAAAUUUGAUUUCCUAUUUCAAUAAUUGCACGGUGAACCCAAAAGAAAAUAUUCUGAAAAGAGUGAAAGAUAUUGGACACAUCUUUAAAGAGAAAUUUGCUAAAGCUGUGGGACAGGGAUGUGUUGAAAUUGGAUCACAGCGAUAUAAACUUGGAGUCCGAUUAUACUACCGAGUAAUGGAAUCCAUGCUUAAAUCUGAAGAAGAACGACUCUCCAUUCAAAAUUUUAGCAAACUUCUGAAUGACAACAUCUUUCAUAUGUCUUUAUUGGCGUGUGCUCUUGAAGUUGUAAUGGCUACCUAUAGCAGAAGUACAUCUCAGAAUCUUGAUUCUGGAACAGAUUUGUCCUUCCCAUGGAUUCUGAAUGUACUUAAUUUAAAAGCCUUUGAUUUUUACAAAGUGAUUGAAAGUUUUAUCAAAGCAGAAGCCAACUUGACAAGAGAAAUGAUAAAACAUUUAGAACGAUGUGAACAUCGAAUCAUGGAAUCCCUUGCAUGGCUCUCAGACUCACCUUUAUUUGAUCUUAUUAAACAAUCCAAGGACCGAGAGGGACCAGCUGAUCACCUUGAAUCUGCUUGUUCUGUCAACCUUCCUUUCCAGAAUAAUCACACUGCAGCAGAUAUGUAUCUUUCACCUGUAAGAUCCCCAAAGAAAAAAGGUUCAACUACACGUGUAAAUUCUACUGCAAAUGCAGAGACACAAGCAAACUCAGCCUUCCAGACUCAGAAGCCAUUGAAAUCUACCUCCCUUUCACUCUUUUACAAAAAAGUGUACCGGCUAGCAUAUCUCCGACUAAAUACCCUAUGUGCACGCCUUCUGUCUGAUCACCCAGAACUAGAACACAUCAUCUGGACCCUUUUCCAGCAUACAUUGCAAAAUGAGUAUGAACUCAUGAGAGAUAGGCAUUUGGAUCAAAUUAUGAUGUGUUCUAUGUAUGGCAUAUGCAAAGUGAAGAAUAUAGACCUUAAAUUCAAAAUCAUUGUAACAGCAUACAAGGAUCUUCCUCAUGCUGUUCAAGAGACAUUCAAACGUGUUUUGAUCAGAGAAGAGGAGUAUGAUUCCAUUAUAGUAUUCUAUAAUUCAGUUUUCAUGCAGAGACUGAAAACAAAUAUUUUGCAGUAUGCUUCCACGAGGCCUCCUACCUUGUCACCAAUACCUCACAUUCCUCGAAGCCCUUACAAGUUUUCUAGUUCACCCUUACGGAUUCCUGGGGGGAACAUCUAUAUAUCACCCCUGAAGAGUCCAUAUAAAAUUUCAGAAGGUCUGCCAACACCAACAAAAAUGACUCCAAGAUCAAGAAUCUUAGUGUCAAUUGGUGAAUCAUUUGGGACUUCUGAGAAGUUCCAGAAAAUAAAUCAGAUGGUGUGUAACAGUGACCGUGUGCUCAAAAGAAGUGCUGAAGGAAGCAACCCUCCUAAACCACUGAAAAAACUACGCUUUGACAUUGAAGGAUCAGAUGAAACUGAUGGAAGUAAACAUCUCCCAGGGGAGUCCAAAUUUCAGCAGAAACUGGCCGAAAUGACAUCUACUCGAACACGAAUGCAAAAACAGAAAAUGAAUGAUAGCAUGGAUACCUCAAACAAGGAAGAACAGUGAGGAUCUCAGGACUUUGGUACACACUGUGUACACCAUGUACGCCUCUGGCUUCAUUAUCUCUCAGAGAUGUGACUGUAUAACUCUCCCAAGUUCUGUUUACAGCCACAUUAAUAUCUCUUUUUUGUAGAUAUAAAAUGUGCAGAUACAAGUUGAAUAUUUGUGUGGGUGAUUCCUAAGCCACUUUCAAUGUUAUAUUCAAUGGUAUAUGCAUUGUUAUUAUACAAGAUUGAAAAUCUUGUGUAAUCCUGCCAUUAAAAAGGUAUAGCAGAUCAUCACAUUUCCAAAGUAAAAUUGCUUUGCUUUAUGAAUGAAUUGAGGCUGCCUCUGGAGUGGGAGUACUAAUAACCCAUGCCUGUCUGACUACUUUGUCUUCCCUUGUAGCAUAUGUGUGAUGUUUGCUCUUGGUUUUAUUAAUUUAUAUGUAUAUUUUUUUAAUUUAAAAACGUGAACACCCUUAGAAAAUGUGUCCUGUCUUCCAAAUGCAAUUUGACUGACUGUCCAUUCACCCAAAUUAUCUUAAACUCUUCUGCUAAAACAGAUUAUUAUUAGGAACUAGGAAAAAAUUAAUUUUUACACAUUUGAUUUUAUUUUAGUAUUGGAAUCUGAUGUAUUGUGUGCUUGUUUUACAAAUUUUCUUUUACAUACAAGCAAAAAACAAAGUACAAACAUGAUACUGUCAUACUACUGACACAGAUUUCAUACCUCAGAACUUAUAAGAAUUUCUUUUCUUUAUCCAAACUCAUGGUUUAAAAUGCAUAUUAUUGUAAUACUCUUGGUUUGGGGUUUUUGUUUUUGUUUUUUACCAUUCAGAUCACUGAAUUUUUUAAGUACCUAUCUGGUACUUGAAAAAGUAAAGUGUCCAGUCAGAGCUUUGCUGCGGAGGACUCUAAUACAGUAUAUCCCAAGUGCACUUUCUAAUGUUUCUGGGUCCUAAAAAAUCAAGAUACAAAUUAAUUUUAUUCCAUAGCAGUCUGUUAACUGUAGAAGCCUUGAGGGUUUUUUGAGUUUCCCUUAGGGAUUUGUCUAAUUGCAUCUCAAUAAUUAUUCUGCCCUCCUAAAUUUGGGAAGGUUUGUGUUUUCUCUGGAAUGGUACAUGUCUUCCAUGUAUCUUUUGAACUGGCAAUUAUUUAUCUUCUAUUUUAAGUCAGUAUGGUCUAACACUGGCACAUUAAAAGCCACAUUAUCUCUAGUCCAACAUUGCAAGUAAUCAAAGGUCUUGUAAGUUAGGCAUUAAUUUUUCUGAUUUUAUGCAAAAGCUUCAAAUUAAAAUAGCUGCAUUAGAAAGAAGUGCUAUCCCCCUUCCCCUACACCUAAAGGUGUGUUUAAACUGUCUUGUGUGAUUAACUUAUUUAGAGAUGGUAUAUAUAAAAUAGGUGGUAUUUAAGAUAGCAUCAGCUAGCAUUUAGAAAAAUCAUUUUGUCUAAACUCAGAGUUCUUUUUAAAAAGAAAUCUGGUCUUAUUUCUUAGAAAACAAAAUUUUGUGUUUAAACAUCAAACUUACUAUUUUGACAGUUAUCUUGAUAACAGGCACUAGAAAGCUUUAUCCCAUUUCUUCAUUUUUUUUUUUUUUUUUGCAUGAAUAGCAUACAAUUCAGUUAGUUUUUAUGUCAAGGGCUUACCAUAUUUCUGGGUCUUUUGCUCAUAAAUUUACAUUAGAAUUAGUGACAGAAUUUUAGGAAUUUCAGAGAUCGUGUAUUGAGAUUCUUAAGACUUCAGAUGUUGCUUUAUUGCUUUUUUGUACUGGUUAAAACUACAUUUAAAAUUGCUAUGUUACUAUUUUCUACAACUAAUAGUUUGUCUAUUUUAAAAUAAAUUAGUUGUUAAGAGUC